GUAUGAUUCAGUGUCAUUUAUGAAGGAACGUUUGACCUUAGACAACUUUAUUUAGUAGUAGCUUGUUGCAGACAUGUUAACUCUGAUAUUUUAUGACUUGCAAAGAUAAUUUCUGUAUAAACAAGCUUUCACCCCAUCCAUGAAUCAGUAAGACUUGCGGAUGGGGCAGUUGGCAUCCAAACGUGACGGGUUGGACCUGGGCGGUGUUCCCCGUGUCCGCUUCUCCACCAAUGAGGAUGGACCUCCAAGGAACUCUCCGAACCAAUUUGACAGCAGCAGCCAGCAACGAAAUGAUAGCCUCCAAAUUCCUCCAACCAUCGUUGUCUCAGACACGGAUCCAAGUGCAUCAGAGCAGCGGGGCUCGAGGGCGGAGCUACGAAGAUCUUCAUUAUACAGUACGUUGGACCUGGUGCCCCAUCUGGAGAAUUAUGCCAGCACACUGCCACACCGCCUUUCAAGGCCUCGUCCAUCUCUUGUAGCUCUCCGCAGUGCCUUUGAGGAGGUGCAAGCAGGUGUAGAAGCCACAACCACAGACUCGGAAGUUGGCAGUCUACCAGGCAACGGAAACGAAGAGUCACAAACUCCACAGGAGAAAGCUCCAGUUAGAUUUGGAUGGAUGCUUGGAGUCAUGAUUCGUUGCAUGUUGAAUAUUUGGGGUGUCAUCCUGUUUCUCCGCCUAUCGUGGAUCACUUCUCAGGCAGGCAUUUUGUUGACUUGGGUUAUUAUCCUGAUGUCCGUGCUAGUGACUACCGUAACUGCCCUCUCCAUCUCUGCCAUCGCCACCAACGGGAGGGUGAUCUCAGGAGGGGCCUAUUUCAUGAUCUCCCGCUCGCUGGGUCCUGAAAUUGGGGGACCCAUUGGAAUGGUAUUUUCUUUCGCCAACGCAUGUGCCUGUGCACUCAACACUCUUGGCUUUGCAGAGGUCGUCCGUGAUCUAUUGCUGGAGUUCGAUGUCGUCAUAGUUGAUGCAAUCAACGACGUCCGUAUUGUGGGCGUGAUCACACUGACUAUUCUUUUGCUCAUCUCAUUUGCUGGAAUGGAGUGGGAGUCCAAGGCCCAGAUUUUGUUCUUUUUAGUUCUCUUGGUCUCGUUUGCCAACUACUUUGUGGGUACAUUUAUUCCACCUGGCCCAGAGAAACAGGCCCAGGGCUUCUUUAGUUAUCACAGUGAUAUCUUCCUUUCGAACUUGACACCUGACUGGAGAGGACCUGAAGGCAACUUUUUCCAGAUGUUUGCCAUUUUCUUUCCCUCCACCAUCGGCAUCCUGUCUGGCGCCAACAUCUCCGGAGACCUCGAAGACCCUGCUACUGCUAUCCCUAAAGGCACUCUCGUGGCCAUUUUCUGGACUACAUUGAGCUAUCUAAUUAUCACUGUAACUGUUGGGUCAUGUGUGGUGCGGGAUGCCUCUGGUAAUGUAAGUGACAUUAUUACUGGAAACAUCACUGAAGGCUGUGUUGGUCUGGGAUGUAAUAUGGGCUGGAACUUCACAGACUGCAUCGAGUCACAGUCUUGUAAAUAUGGUCUGGCCAACAAUUUACAGGUACUGGGCCAAGUUUCAGGUUUCUUCUACCUCAUCACGGCUGGUGUCUUUGCAGCCAGCUUGUCUUCUGCCCUUGGCUUCCUCGUCUCUGGCCCUAAAGUCUUUCAGUGUCUAUGCAAAGACAACCUAUACCCGUACAUUGGAUUCUUUGCAAAGGGCUAUGGGAAAAAUAAUGAGCCAAUCCGGGCCUACUUACUCUGCUACGUCAUUGCUGUGGCUUUCAUUCUCAUCGCUGACCUUAACACCAUUGCAGCCUUGAUCUCCAAUUUCUUCCUGUGUUCCUAUGGCCUCAUCAACUUCAGCUGCUUUCACGCUUCAAUCACCAACUCCCCUGGUUGGAGGCCGUCAUUUCACUACUACAGUAAAUGGACAGCUCUUUUUGGAGCAGUGAUUUCUAUUGUGUUGAUGUUCCUGUUCACCUGGUGGGCUGCCCUCUUCACCUUCUGCAUCAUCUUCUUUCUCUUUGGAUACGUCAACUACAACAAGCCAAAGGUGAACUGGGGUUCGUCAGUCCAGGCAGGUACAUACAACAUGGCUUUGUCGUACUCAGUCUCCCUGUCUGGUGUCGACGACCAUGUCAAGAAUUUUAGACCGCAAUGUCUCGUCCUCACUGGGCCACCAAACCAGCGUCCAGCCCUGGUGGACUUUGUUGGCUCCUUCACCAAGCACAUAAGCCUCAUGAUCUGUGGAGACAUAGUCAUGGAGCAGGACAGGCAGGCUCAGCCUCAGGAUACCACUGAUUGGUUGGUAAAGUGGCUGAACAAGAGAAAGGUGCGCUCAUUUUACACACCUUUCACUGCCGACUGCCUUAGAGUUGGAGCUCGACAUAUGCUGCAGGCUUCUGGUCUUGGCAAGUUGAAGCCCAACACUCUGGUCCUGGGCUUCAAGGCAAACUGGAGGGACAGUUCUCCGGAAAGUAUUGAAGAUUAUAUCAACACAAUAUAUGAUACCUUUGACUCAAACUACUGUCUGUGUAUCCUGAGGAUGAUGGACGGUUUGGAUAUCUCAGACCUAUUUGAUGUUGAAGUGAACCAGGGCUUUGAACCUGAUAAAUCUGUUGAAAUUGACAAUCAGCAAUCUCCUGAGAAAGAAUCAGCUGACAACAUCUCCUAUAAAGACGACACUGAUCAGAUUAAGACGGUGUUUCAGAAUGACCAGGGGAAGAAGACCAUUGAUGUCUACUGGAUAGCUGACGAUGGGGGUCUGACUCUGCUAGUUCCCUACCUGCUCACCAGGAGGAAACGCUGGCAUCGCAGUAAGGUCAGGGUCUUCAUUGUGGGAGAUGAACAAAACAUGGAGGAAGGCCGCAAUGAGAUGAUCGCUCUUCUGAAGAGGUUUCGUUUGGAUAUCCACGACGUUACAGUCAUGACAGACAGCGAAAAGCGUCCAAACUCAAAGAACCUGAGUAGAUUCGUGGACAGUGUUGCCCCAUUCAUGCUACAUGAUGAACAGCAGGAAGGUGUCUCAACUCAACAGAGAAAACGUGCCCCAUGGAAAAUAUCAGAAAAAGAGUUUGAGGCCUUUAAACUUAAGACUGAGAGAAAAGUGAGGCUGAAUGAAAUUAUCCGGAGGAAUUCUCAACAUGCUGCUCUUGUGCUCGUGAGCCUUCCUGUGCCUCACAGCGACUGCCCCAGUGCUCUGUACAUGGCCUGGCUGGAUACUCUGACCUGUGGCCUCCACUGUCCCGUGGUGCUGAUACGAGGAAACCAGCAGAACGUCAUCACUUUUUACUGCCAAUAAAUUCUGUCUUACAAGGAUGGAGACUUGAUAUAUCCAAACAAACCUAAUAAGUAAACAUUGUGAAGAAUAUACAGAUUUAAAGUUAUAAUACGUAGCAAUGGAAGAUUCAAACCACACAGUUACUUGCAUUCAAGAUCAUCUUCAGGGUCAUGCUAAUGACAAUGCAUAUUAGUCAACAGCUGACGAUGAAAAAAAAGACAGAAAGAUAUUUCCUGAUUUGGCAAUGUCACAUAUGUUGACCUACAAUCCUCCGUUAAUGUUCAGUUAGGUGGAGAUCUGUUGUCUGUGAAGGCCUUAGAAUAUGAGCCAUAACCUAAAUUGUGUUAUUGAUUAAACUGAUAACACCUGGACUCGCCAGCAAAACUAUUGUUUUCCUAUAGGCACCUUAACAUUUGUCUGACAAGGCUUUUUUGAAGUGACUGUAUACUGUAUAUAUCAAUGAGAUGGUAACUUUAUGGAAAUUAAUGUUUUUAUAAUGCUUAUUUAGUCAUUCACCCAGGUUCUUCCUUUUGUUACUUGUCCAUGUACAUAAACAACAUUUGAAACAAACUGUUUAAAGGUUUAAGAAAAUUCAAUGAAUAUCAGAAAUUAUCUAAAUACAAUCACGUACAUAAGAUGUGUUCGAGAUCCCUACAAUAUUAUGUAUGCAUACUGUGUGUAUGUAUAUAUAUUAAUAAUUGACCUGAAACACUAUCCGUGUACCUAGAUAAACAGCUAAAUAAGUGUUUUUAUCACCUUCUUUCUUGCAGAAGUCAGGCAGCAGUUGCCAAUCAUAUCAUAUCAAGUACUCUUAAGGCUUUUUUAAGUGUCCCACAGGGGCCUAUACUUGGUCCUCUUUGUAUUGAGAAAUUGUAUUCUCAAAACUGUUGUUUAUGCAAGAUUAUACAUUUUUACCGAUCUUGAUCUUGAACUUAAGUAUAAUCAGCUUACUAUAUUGUUCAGUUUUUUCUGUAUAUAAUGCCUGCAUUUUAUUUGAACAUCCUAGUUGGAUACAUUGUAUGCCAUUAAGAACACUAAAAGGUUCCUACAAUAAAUCAAAAAUGAGAUUUAACGCCUUGCACUAUUAUCCCCGAACUACCAGUCAUGGAGCAAUUUACCUCCAUGUCUGUAGAAAAUGUCCUCACUUCCUAAUUUUACCAUAUCAGACACACUGCUAUCUGCAACCCUACAAUGCUAUAUAUCACAUUUUAUAGAUGCAUAAAUGAAAAGAGAUACUGAUUCAUCUGUGCUGAAAAUUCAAACUAGUGAGUGUGUAUUAUCUGAUAAUAUUUAAUGAAUCUGGAGAUCUGAAUUUGAAUUAUUUCAUCAAUUGAGAUAAAGUUAAUGAAUUUUAGCAAGAAUUUCUCAGUGUAAUUUUUAAUUGAAAAACAAAUGGGAGAUAAAAGUUCAUGUAGUGAAUAACUAAAACGACCUAAACUGUCAUUUAACUUGUCGCUCCUCAGCCAUGUGAUAUAACACUUGAUCGAUGUUUCUGCUAGGUGCAGAGCCUAAGCAUGAUGUGCUCUACUGUUGAAUUUAUUUGUGCAUAGACCAGAUUUCAAUGUUAAAUGUUACUGGGAAAAAGUUAAAAUACUUUUAAAACAAAUUGUACAUUAAACCCAAUGACUUUCCAA